AUGGGCUCUUCCAACAAACCAACCCCACUGCAACUAAGAGGACGCACGGCAUCCGAGUCCUCAUCGAGCUCCUCACAAUCCGCCCUCCAAGUCCCAAGGACACCGCGAUUCGCAGAAGCGACUGCAGUCCACUCCCCAAUCGACGGCAAAGGGCGAUCGCCAUUCGACGACCCCCCAGAAGCCAUCAUGUCCGGAGCAAAACCCUCUGAUAUCGGCUUCGGCUAUAUCGCAGACAACACGGCCACGCGCCAUGUCGAGAUCCAAGUCGGCCCCGCCUCUCCCGGUCUCAAGAGCGCCAUGAAGGUUCCCGGCACCCCGGGGCGCAAGCUCGAGAACCCAUUGAGCCCGACGUUCAGAGAGGAACAGGUCUUGGAGAAGCAGGAAGAGGUCACUGAGAAGCAGCAGGCGAAGGACUUGAAAGUAAAGGUCCGCGUGCGUGCAGUCAAGCUGCUCCUCCGUGGUGUGAACUUCGGCUGCAGUCUCAUCGUCCUCGCUCUCGUCGGUACCACCGUUCACGUCUUCCUAGCUACCAAGAAUCUCCCGAAACGCAGCGAUCUCCCGCCCUGGGCUAGUGGAACGCAAACCUGGCCCCAAUACGUCGUUCUCGCUACUGCCUGUGUCUCUCUCUUCUUCUGUGUUAUGGUCUUCUGGGCAUACUUCCGCGGCGGCCAUCGGCGAGCGGAAAAGACAGCUGUCUAUUACACUAUUUUCGCAGUCGGCUUCUUCCUGCUCAGCAUCGUUAUGUGGGCCGUCGCGGCUGGCAUCCUACAAGGUACACGGAAUAAUGGCAAUGGAAAAGAUAUAUGGGGCUGGUCAUGCGUCGAUAACAAGCGCCGGCAAGCCUUCAACGACGACAUCGACUACCAGCUAGUCUGUCGCAUCCAAUCCUGGGCCGUCAUCUGCUGCGUCAUCGAAGUCGUCGUCGAGACCAUCACCAUCGCCAUCUACGGCGUAAUCUUCUACCGCUACUACUCCAAGCGCCAACUCCGCAAGACAAUGGACAACCGCGACAAAGCCCGCUCCGACCUCUACCUCGCUCAGCUACGCACCCAAUCCGCCCCCAACACCCCCGGCUUCGGGCCCCUCUCCCCCUCCUACAGCACCCACAUGAAAUCCCCCCGCUUCCCCUCCUCCUUCGCCGCCACCGCCUCCGACGCCGAAGAAGGCCAAGGUGCAUCCGCGCCAGGAACCCGCUUCGUCGACGCCUCGCGCCCCGGCUUCGCCGCCCCCGCAAAGCCUUUCGCUCUCCAAGCACCACCGAUCAAGAUCCACGCCGCGUCCCCCAAGACGCCAUCUAUCCGCGCCUUCACCCCGCCGCAACCGCUCGCGGAGACGAACGCGGGUCACGCACCGGUAGCUCCUGGGGAGCAGCAGUACGCUUCUGUGCCUAUUCCGGGGGCGUAUCAACCGGCGAGUCCGGGGCCGGGACAGGCGACGUUUGGGUUCUCGGAGGGAGCGCCGGGGAUGGCGGUCACGAGUGAGCAUAGGAUUGAGAGCCCGCCGAGUAGUCCGAGGUUGCCGCGGCAGGUUCCGCGGUUUGCUUGAGUCUACUGGGUUUGGGUUUCUCGGUCUUGAUGGCGUUGGGUUGGGUGGGGAUAAAUGAGUUUUUUUUGUAUCUAGGGAGUUGGGACUCAAGACUUGAUCAGUCGCCGCUUUUCUUUUUUUAUACCUUUUUCUUGGUAGUUGUUUGAAUGGGUAGCCAAGGGAUAUCCAGGAGGGUUUAUAUAAUAGGAUGAUAUGAAUACAAUGUGCUG